AUGGACUGGCCCCUCACAACCACCAUUUCCAGCACUGGCUUCUCACUUCAGUUUGAAGAGGUUCUUUGUUCCUCCCUGGAAGCACAACUACACCUCCACACCCCCAUGUACUUCUUCCUGCUCAACCUCGCCCUCCUCGACCUGGGCUCCAUCUCCAUCACUGUCCCUAAAUCCAUGGCCAACUCUCUGUGGGAUUCCAGGGUCAUUUCCUAUGCAGGAUGUGCUGCCCAGGUCUUCUUUGUAUUUUUCUUGCUUGGUGCAGAGUUUUACCUUCUCACCAUCAUGUCGUACGACCGCUACGUUGCCAUCUGCAAACCCCUGCACUACAGGACCCUCCUGGGCAGCAGAGCUUGUGUCCACAUGGCAGCAGCUGCCUGGGCCACUGGGUUUCUCAAUGCUCUGCUGCACACGGCCAAUACAUUUUCACUGCCCCUGUGCAAGGGCAAUGCCCUGGGCCAGUUCUUCUGUGAAAUCCCCCAGAUCCUCAAGCUCUCCUGCUCACACUCCUACCUCAGGGAACUUGGGCUUCUUCUGUUUAGUGUCUGUGUAAUUGCUAUGUGUUUUGUGUUCAUAGUGGUGUCCUAUGUGCAGAUCUUGAGGGCUGUGCUGAGGAUCCCCUCUGAGCAGGGACGGCACAAAGCCUUUUCCACCUGCCUCCCUCACCUGGCCGUGGUCUCCCUGUUUGUCAGCACUGGCAUGUUUGCCCACCUGAAACCCUCAUCCAUCUCCUCCCCAUCCCUGGAUCUGGUGGUGUCUGUUCUGUACUCGGUGGUGCCUCCAGCAGUGAAUCCCCUCAUCUACAGCAUG